AGGAGGCCUAAAAUUCAUCAGGAAAAUGCCUUGUACAAAGUCUUAAACAAGUUCUACUUCCUUGAACUUGCACCAGCAGGCCUGUAGUUAGUUUCCACCUUGAUUGCAAGCCUUCAGCAAGGUGUUCCAGGAAGGGUUCAGUUUUGUACUGUCUGUACAGUAUCAAGAAUGCAAUUUUGUGCUAAGAAGUGACAUCCUUUUUUGGAACAAUACUCUGAUUUCUUGCACUAAUGGCUUUAAACAAAAUGAAGGAUUCGAAAUAUGAUGGAACAGAGCGCAUGUCUGUUGACUAUGUGCAGGGAAUUCUUCAACCCACACCCACCUGUGACACCUGGGAUCAGAUCUGGAACUUCCAAGCCAAAGCUGAUGAUCUGCUUAUUGCUACAUAUCCUAAAGCAGGAACUACAUGGACUCAGGAGAUUGUGGACUUAAUACAAAAUGAAGGUGAUAUUGAAAAAAGUCAACGAGCCCCUACUCAUGUACGAAUUCCUUUCAUUGAAUGGGUAGUUCCAUCUAUAGGAUCUGGUUUGGAACAAGCUAAUGAAAUGCCUUCACCACGGACCCUGAAAACACAUCUUCCCAUUCACUUACUGCCACCAUCUUUCCUAGAGAAAAACUGUAAGAUAAUCUAUGUAGCAAGAAAUCCCAAGGACAAUAUGGUGUCUUACUACCACUUCCACAGAAUGAAUAAGGCACUUCCUGAUCCAGGAACCUGGGAAGAAUAUUUUGAGAAGUUUCUCAAUGGAAAAGUGUGCUGGGGUUCUUGGUAUGACCAUGUAAAGGGAUGGUGGAAAGCCAAAGACCAACACAACAUUCUCUACCUCUUCUAUGAGGACAUGAAGAAGAACCCAAAGCAUGAAAUCAAGAAGCUGACAGAAUUUAUUGGAAAGAACCUAGAUGACAAAGUAUUAGAUAAAAUUGUUCAUCACACUUCAUUUGAUGUCAUGAAGCAGAAUCCAAUGGCCAACUACUCAACAAUUCCUACUGAAAUCAUGAACCACUCUAUUUCUCCAUUCAUGAGAAAAGGGGAAAUUGGAGACUGGAAGAAUCACUUCACUGUGGCUCAGAAUGAGAAAUUUGAUGAAGACUACAAGAAGAACAUGGCUGACACUAGUCUAACUUUCUGCUUUCAAUUCUAGUAAGAACAGGAACCAUAUCAUUCUUAGUUUAUCAGCCUGCUUUUUAUUAAUAAUCACUAACAAAUUACCAUCCAGACUGCAUAAUCUUGGAUUUAGGUUCUCAAACUAGGUGUUUGCUAUGUUUGCUUUUUUUCUACUCUAAUAAAAGUAAUAAAGCUGUUAGAAGUUGAGGGCAAAGUGGAGAAUGGAGACAGCAAAGGGAAGGAAGAAAGGGGACAAUAAAUUGCUAGUUAGUGAUGACAUCAUUGUUAUUACCAUUAUGCUCAUUUUUUAUAAUCAUGUGUUUGUUAACAUUAAAAUGCUUCAGUCCUCACAUGAGGCUACAUUAAAGUUUUCAGAUUAAGUGCUGUUUCAAGGAAAUAUUUACAUGCAGUGCUAAAAUAUGUAACUUGUAUUUCUCCAGCAAUAUCUUAAAAAUGAACUGACUUUGCACACAAAACAAGUGACUUCAUUUCCCUGUGAAACUCUCCAAUUCUCUUCAGGUUUAGUAGUGUCAUGGACCCAUUCCCUUCUUUCAUCACCAUCCACAUAAUAUCAGCUCUUGCUCUCCCCAUGCCAGCCACUGCUAUGACUCAGUCUAGGGCUGUGCCCUCACUUGCCUCCCUCCAGGGCCUCCACAAUCAGAUUUUAAUCCAUCAGCAAUGUAUGUCAAUUCUACCUCUAUGAAACCUCAUUUCUGUGCUCAUUUUUCCUGUUCAGAAAUCCUCUACUUCUUGCCUACACUCAUGCAUGCUUCCUAUCUAAUUUCUCUGUUUAUCACACAUCAACCAUAAUUAUUUUCCUAAAACAAGACUGAUUAUAUUUCUCUCUAGAUCAAAGAACUUCAAUAAUUCUGAAUUUUCAGUUCUUGAAAGAUAAAUCUCAAACUCUUUAGCCAUGAAUUCAAAAGCACCUAUUGCCAAUGACAUCUCAUCUUCCAAAGCACCUUUCCUGCUUCAUUUCACCUCCCAAACCACCACAACACUGCUGCAAAUUGUGAGUUCUGAUUAUAUCUUGAGGGCUGCCACUCUGUUUGCAAUUUUCCUCCAUCUGAAAUUCCCUUUCCUUUCUUUCCACCUAUCCAAAAGUCAUAAUGUUUCAAUAACUAGUUCAAGUUCUCCCAUUCCUCUUACAAACAAUGUAAUCUGAAGAGAUCUGCUCUUCCAAAAUCCUCAACACUUGUUAUAAUUUUUUUGUGAGUAAGAUUAAAGUACG